CCUCGCCACAUCAAUCCUCAUUAUCAGGAAGUGAAGAAGGCUUCCGCUGCCUGGGCCGAAAGCUUCGGUGCGUUCAACCCAAAGGCUCAACACGCGUAUAAUGCCUGCGAUUUCAAACGUCUGCGUACCGGGUGCGACCUCAUGAAUAUGUUCUUCGUAUUCGACGAAUACUCCGACGUCUCUUCACCAAAGGACGUUAUCCAACAAGCUGCCAUCAUAAUGGAUGCUCUGCGCAACCCAUACGCGCCUCGUCCUGACGAUGAAUGGGUCGGCGGAGAAGUUACCAGACAAUUCUGGAAGCGUGCCAUCAAGACCGCCACCGCAGGGGCACAAAGACGGUUUAUCGAUGCGUUCGAAAGCUAUACGCAGUCAGUCGUUCAACAAGCGAAGGAUCGCCACCACGGGUUCAUUCGUGACGUCGACAGCUAUCUCGAGAUGCGAAGAGAGACGAUCGGCGCGAAGCCGUCGUUCGUCGUCCUCCAGAUGGACAUGACCCUCCCAGACGAGGUUCUCGCUCACCCGGUCAUCCAACAGCUGUCUGCCCUGUCCACUGAUAUGAUAUGUCUUGGAAACAGACGGCUCAUUCAGAUACUCUGGACCGUACAGGACAUCUGCUCUUAUAAUGUCGAGCAGGCUCGCGGCGACGACCUCCACAACAUCAUCACGAUAGCGAUGAACCAGUUUGAUAUCGAUAUCGCCGGUGCAAUGGAUUGGGUUGUGAAGUAUCACGCGAAACUCGAGCGAAAGUUCCUCUACCUUUACAAUAACGGUCUUCCAUCAUGGGGCAAGGAGCUAGACCCGCAGGUGGAGCGGUACGUCUGUGGAUUA